AUGACCAGUAUUCGUCCUAGUGGCGGUAUCCAAGUGAGGGGUUUGCCGAUGAGGUUCGCAAAGUGGAUGGUGAACGAAGGUCCUCGACGUCUGUUCAUGGUGUUCUGGAUUCUACUCCACAUGGUCGCAUUUGCCUUUGCUCUCAUUCAUUACGACCUGAAGGACAAUCUUGUCACCGCACGUUCGCUAUUCAAUUACACUUAUGUCAUUGCGCGCGGUGCUGCUCAGGUUUUACACAUCGACGUCAUCUUCAUCCUCUUCCCGGUUUGCAGAAAUUUCAUCUCUUUUCUUCGACGCACGCCUCUCAACACUGUCAUACCUCUAGACAAGAAUAUCACUUUUCAUAAUAAAUCACUGCAGGUAGCAUGGAUGAUUGUCCUUUUCUCUCUCAUCCAUACCAUCGCCCAUAUGCGUAACUUUGUCAGUCUAGGUGUCGUCGGGUUUCUCGAGUACAAUUUUUGGACUGGACCGGGUUUGACAGGAUGGAUCAUGUGGGCUGCCCUUGGGACGAUGGUCUGGUUCGCCAUCGAAAAACGUCGUCGUGCGCAUUUUGAGCGCUUCUGGUAUUCUCACCACCUCUUCGUCGUCUUCUUUCUCGGCUGGCAACUUCACGGCAUGUUCUGUAUGAUUCAACCUGAUCGUCCACCUUUCUGUUCCGCAGGGCAGAUCGGGGUAUUUUGGAAAUAUUGGAUCCCAGGUGGCGCGUUGUGGAUUGCUGAACGAGUGUUCCGUGAGAUUCGAGCUCGUCAUGCCACAUACAUCUCCAAAGUCAUCCUUCAUCCGUCCAAAGUCCUCGAAGUUCAGAUCAAAAAAGAGAACACCACCCGACGUGCGGGACAGUACAUCUUCGUCAACUGUCCCGAGGUCAGUUACUUUCAGUAUCACCCGUUCACUCUUACUUCGGCUCCGGAGGAAGAUUACAUUUCGGUGCAUAUCAGGAUCGCGGGUGAUUGGACGACAGCUUUCGCCAAAGCUCUGGGAGCAAACCUUGACGGCGGCAAGUCGGAAAAAGGAGCUGGUGCAUUUGGCGGUCAGGUUUUAGAACCUCAAGUGGGCAAGGUGCUUCCAAGGGUAAUGAUAGAUGGUCCCUUUGGGUCGGCCAGUGAAGAUUUUGCCAAAUUCGAGACUGUCCUGCUGGUGGGAGCUGGAAUCGGCGUGACACCAUUCGCUUCCAUCCUCAAGUCCAUAUGGUAUCGUAUGAACAAAUUUGGGAAAGAGAAGAAAACCAGGUUAUCAAAAGUCUAUUUUGUUUGGGUUAUCAGGGAUUUCGGUUCUGCUGAAUGGUUCCAUUCUUUGCUUCAAGCUGUGGAAGCGGAAGAUGUGGAUAACAGAAUCGAGAUACAUAUCUAUCUUACCGCCAAGAUUGAUGAGGACAAAAUGAACAAUAUCCUAGUACAAGACGUCGGAGCGGAAAGUGAUACCAUCACAAAACUUCGAGCUCCUACUCAUUUCGGUAGACCCAAUUGGGACAGAGUGUUCGAAUCGAUUGCCAAUAAACAUCCCGAUUCCGAUUGUGGUGUUUUCUUUUGUGGUCCUUCUGUCUUGAGUAGGACUUUACAUCAAAUGUCAAACAAGUAUACUUCCCCAAUGGGUUGUCGUUUCUUCUUCGGAAAAGAAGUGAGUGAUUUUGGACAACUUUUUGCUAUCCUCUCUUAA